CUCCCUCUCGCUUCUUCUUCCUUGGGAUAUUUUGAAUGGAUUGUAUCUAUUAAUCAAGACCUCUUGUUAUUUGUUGUUCCUUGUUCAUUUUCACCAAAGAUUAGCAUCAUUCAGGGCAAAUGCACAACUGCCUUUUCCCCCCCAAAUCAUUUUUGGGGACUGUCGGAUAGAGUGCUAGCUAGGACCCAGGAGACAUCCUUCCAAACAGCAGGGGUUGUGUGCUUCCACAUAGCAGUACAGUACAAGGAAAACCCCAUCGGAUCUGUUAUUGCAGGAUACUUGUGAAAUAUACAUAGGAUUCUUUCUUAUGGCUGCAUCCCGGAUCUGGAAAUUUUACAUGGGCACUAGGAAGCUUUGAAAGGCUCCAUGCACAGAGAAGAUUUGCAACCAGGACUCCUCUUACCACAGAGCUCACUGACUUGUUCCGUUAUCAAUUCCUUUUCUUUUCCUUAGCUUCUUUUUUUUCUUUUCUUUUCCUUUUUUCUCCUCUCCUUUCUGUGUCCCUCCUGGUCUGUCUGUUUCUCCUCUUUCCCCUAGUCUUUUAUUACCGCUUCACACCUGGAUCGUAUCUUCACUGAACAAACGGCACUUUGAGAACUAACAGAAGACCGUCUUGUGGAGGAAGAUCUAUAUGGAAUUAUCGGCUUUUAUGGUGAAUUUGGCACUUGUGAAUGGGUAUCUUGUUCGCAUUAUUAAUUGCUAGCAAAAAAAAAAAAUCACACACACGGGAGUAAAACGUGGAUUCUCUGAAUACGCAUUGUGAUGACCAGCAAUUCCUUAUUGACUGAUAUCAAGAUCGGAAUAUUUUGGAAGACUGUGGGGAACAGCCUCUAAAAGCUGGAAAAUGAAAGCUCCAAUUCCACACUUGAUUCUCUUAUAUGCCACAUUCACUCAGAGCUUGAAGGUUGUGACCAAAAGAGGUUCAGCUGAUGGAUGCACUGAUUGGUCUGUGGAUAUCAAGAAAUAUCAAGUUUUAGUGGGAGAGCCUGUUCGAAUCAAGUGUGCGUUAUUUUAUGGCUAUAUCAGAGCAAAUUACUCCCUUGCCCAAAGUGCUGGACUUAGUUUGAUGUGGUAUAAAAGCUCUGGACCAGGAGACUUUGAAGAGCCAAUAGCAUUUGAUGGAACUAGAAUGAGCAAAGAAGAAGAUUCUAUUUGGUUCCGGCCAACGUUAGUACAGGACAGUGGUCUUUAUGCAUGUGUCAUCAGAAAUUCCACGUAUUGUAUGAAAGUGUCCAUUUCACUGACUGUGGGUGAAAAUGACACUGGACUCUGCUACAAUUCAAAGAUGAAGUACUUUGAAAAAGCUGAGCUUAGCAAAAGUAAGGAAAUCUCAUGCCGGGACAUAGAGGAUUUUCUAAUACCAUACAGAGAGCCUGAAAUCCUGUGGUAUAAGGAAUGUAGGACAAAAACAUGGAGGCCAAGUAUUGUGUUCAAAAGGAAUAUUCUGCUUCUACGGGAAGUUAGAGAAGAUGACAUUGGAAAUUAUACAUGUGAGCUAAAAUAUGGAGGCUUUGUUGUUAGAAGAACCACUGAACUCACUGUGACAGCUCCACUGACAGAUAAACCACCAAAACUUUUGUACCCUUUGGAAAGCAAACUGACAAUUCAGGAGACCCAGUUAGGCAAUUUGGCUAAUCUAACCUGCCGAGCAUUCUUUGGAUACAGUGGAGAUGUCAGUCCUUUAAUUUACUGGAUGAAAGGAGAGAAGUUUAUUGAAGAUCUUGAUGAAAAUCGGGUCUGGGAAAGUGACAUUAGGAUUCUUAAGGAACAUCUUGGGGAGCAAGAAGUUUCCAUCUCAUUAAUUGUUGACUCUGUAGAGGAAGGAGAUUUGGGAAAUUACUCUUGUUAUGUUGAAAAUGGAAAUGGACGCAGGCACGCCAGUGUUCUCCUUCAUAAACGAGAGCUGAUGUAUACAGUUGAACUUGCUGGUGGGUUGGGUGCCAUUCUGCUGCUGCUUGUAUGUUUGGUGACAGUCUACAAGUGUUACAAGAUUGAUAUCAUGCUCUUCUAUCGGAAUCAUUUUGGAGCAGAAGAAAUUGAUGGAGACAACAAAGAUUAUGAUGCAUAUUUAUCAUACACCAAAGUGGACCCUGACCAAUGGAAUCAAGAAACUGGGGAAGAAGAAAGAUUUGCCCUCGAAAUUCUGCCUGAUAUGCUGGAAAAACAUUAUGGGUACAAAUUGUUCAUUCCAGACAGAGAUUUGAUCCCUACUGGAACAUACAUUGAAGAUGUGGCAAGAUGUGUGGAUCAAAGUAAGCGGCUGAUUAUAGUUAUGACUCCUAAUUAUGUGGUAAGAAGAGGCUGGAGUAUCUUUGAACUUGAGACCCGACUUCGAAACAUGCUAGUCACAGGAGAAAUUAAAGUGAUAUUAAUUGAAUGUAGUGAACUCCGAGGAAUCAUGAACUACCAGGAGGUGGAAGCUCUAAAGCACACCAUUAAACUCCUGACGGUUAUUAAAUGGCAUGGACCAAAAUGCAACAAGUUGAAUUCGAAAUUCUGGAAACGUUUACAAUACGAAAUGCCUUUUAAGAGGAUAGAGCCCAUUACCCAUGAGCAGGUAUUAGAUGUCAGUGAGCAAGGGCCCUUCGGGGAGCUGCAGACUGUCUCAGCGAUUUCCAUGGCUGCCGCCACCUCCACUGCACUUGCCACUGCCCAUCCAGAUCUGCGUUCCACGUUUCACAACACGUACCAUUCACAAAUGCGUCAGAAACACUAUUAUCGAAGCUACGAAUACGAUGUACCUCCUACCGGCACCCUGCCUCUUACCUCAAUAGGUAACCAGCAUACCUACUGUAACAUCCCUAUGACACUUAUCAACGGACAGCGGCCGCAGACAAAAUCCAACAGGGAGCAGAACCCAGACGAGGCCCACACAAACAGUGCAAUACUGCCGCUCUUACCAAGGGAGACCAGUAUAUCCAGUGUGAUUUGGUGACAGAAAAGGAAGGGGCGACCUUGUCCCUUGGAGUAGGAGCUGAGUCUGCAGUCCAGUGCCUGGAACUACAUCCUCGACUGCUGCUGUUAAAACAUGCAUUACAAUCCAUAAAAUACGAGGAAAAACAGGGUCUUGUACAUAUGUUUUUUGCAAUUUAUUUGUAGCAUCAGUGUCUUCCUGUUUUACCAUGUCUCUUGCCAUUACAUUUUUUGACUUUGUUUUAUACGUCAUUGGAAUUUGUAUAUUUACAUUUUUUAAUGAAGAGACUGAUGUAUAGAUAGGAAACCCUUUUUGCUUCAUUAGUAUAAUUUUAGAAUGGGUUUGAUUUCUUUCUGUUUGGGCUUUUUUUUUUAACAUUUCUUUGGAGUGCUUGGACAAAGCUAUUUGAUGGGACAAGGACCACCAUAUCCACUUUGCUGUUCUGCCUAGCAACAGCAAGGCCGUGUUGGCCUUCUGAGUGCAAUACAACGGAAAGGCCAAAAUUCCAAUUCAGGAAACAGUUGUGGAGAACACUUGUUCAUAGGAGGGCCCCACCAAUCAGAGCCCUGAAUCUCUUCCUUGUCCUGCCUCAUCCCCACCUCUACCCUUCUAUUGUCAGCAUGGUGUGUGACCCUGCAGAAUGGGAGGGGGUGGGUCUAACUGUCUUAACAUUUAACUCACUGCUUGUCAAAUGACACUCCAGACCCAAAUGUCUACCAAUCACUUUACUGUGACCAUUGCUGAGUGCUAAGAAGAUAAGAUCAAGGGCAGGGGUGUUGUUUUGUUUAAAAAUGAGUUGAUGUACCCUUAUAUAUAUAAAAAAAAAAUCAACCUAUAUUUGAUCACUUCCUGGAAAGGCAUGAAUGUGUUUGUGGCUGUUUUUGUUUCAAUAUUCAACUCCCUUUUUUCCCCUUUAAUUUUUUUCUGCAAAUGAGAUUAUGUGCAAUUGCCAGGCAAGUCAGUCAAAAGAGGAGAAUUGACAUAAGUCAUAAUGAGAUUUAUAUUGAUGGCUUCCAAACCAAAGGGAAGGACUAGGAUGUUAUCAAAUAUGUUUUGUCACAUUGUAUUAUACAAAUUGUUAUUUUCUAAACAGUAAGAGCAAAUCUUUGCAAUCUAUUAUGGAGUCCCCUUGUAUUUAAAUGUUAAUUCACUGUAUUUACUUUUUAAUGCUACAUUCAGAAUCGAGCAUUCUUACUUCCUUUGUUUCCGUUUGUAACAAUAAGUAAAAAAAAACUUUAUCAAUUUCAAGGUGAUUUAAAUGAGAACUCAGGAGGUUAAAACAUGAAUAUUAAUGAAAAUCAAUGUUUUCAAAAUAAACAGUAUUUAUAGAAAAGUAAACAUUAAAUCAGACCUAAAAGUGUUUAAAACAAUUAAUUCUACUGAAUAAAGAAUUAGUUUUAUUUUAAAUGUAUCAUUCUAUCUUUCAGAAACACAGAAAGCUUGUUCUAAUGCUCCCAGAAAAUCCAUUUUAUAUAGUUCAGCUGUGUCUGAAAUAAAGGAUAUAAGCUGCUAAUUCAUAUUCAUGUUUUGUACUACUAAAUAAAUAAAUAAAUGAAGUCUAUUGUAAAAGAAACUGCAGGGGGCAGAAUUAUAAGAAAACAUUCCCUAUGGGAUUUUUUAGUUUUUUUAAAAAAGUACAGCACUGAUAAUAGGGUUUUAACAUUAAUUUAGUGAUUCAUCGUAGACAUUUUCAUUACUGUCAGCAAAGGCUGACCAGUGCAAUGGAUGUUGUAUUUUUUUUAUUUAUUCUUACUCUCAGUAUAAAAAAAAUAACCACUCUAAUGUUUUGGUCUCAUUAGUAAGAUGUUAUUUGAUCAGAAAGAAAAGUAAGCUACAGUGUAGUUCCUAGGGAAUGGGGCAAGGGCCUAUUGAAAAUGUAUGAAAAAUGACAAUGAACAUGAUGUAAAAGUCCAAAGGAUCCUGGUACCCGCAUAACAACAAGAUAAAGGUGCUAUGGGAUGUUCAGUAGUUUUUCUUUGCCUAAAAAUGUUUAUUUCUCUAACAAUUCGCUUGGGUGCUCCUCCAGUCUGUUCUUUAUUUCCAUGCAUUCCCCCUGGACAUGUGCCAAAUUUCAACAGAAUAGACCUGAAGCUGCCAGGACAGAUAAAAUUUAAAGUCAGCUUUGCACAUGUGGUUAUUUUCAGACUCUAAGAAGGCCAUUAUUUUCUUGAUAUUAUGGACACCUGUCAGGAACUGAUGGCAUUUAACUUCAUUGGACUGGAUCCCAAAAUCUCCCAGUACCCAGAUAACCAAAAACACUGCACUACCUUUUUUUUUUAACUGAAGAUGGAAGUGUGAAAAAAAUGUAGAGAAAAUGAUCAGACCACAAUCACAUUUUAGGCAUCCACAAGUGUUUAUUUAGCUGCAUUGGGAGUAUAUUUUUGUUCUAUUUUUAGCACUUUGAAUAGCAUGAUUCAGGGAUUGAUGGGUAAUAUUUGAUAUUCUCACAACUUAAAAGUUUAUUUUUCCUCGAAUGUGCUGUCAUAUUAUGAAACAAAGGAAUGAAAUAAACAGAGAAGAAGCUAUUGAUGGCUUAAGAAACAUUCCUCCCAAAAUAUUCCUCUUCUAUCAACAGCUUGUGUGAGAACAAGUGAAGGAAACUGUCAUGUGUUCACGUGCUCAAUGUUUGACAAAAGUUCUGUUAGAACUCACAAUAAAAAGAGAAAAAAAUGUAUUUUCCCUAGUGAUUAGGCUCUAUCCUUUUUCUUGGGUGUGGGUGAAAGAGGGAAGAUAGAGGUUUUCCUUAGUUAUAAAAAUAGAGCUGAAACUGUGGAUAUAAUAGUCAAGCUAGGGGGAAAAGGAGAAGGGGAGAGGGCACAGGAGACAGGAGAGGAGAGGAGGGGAAGGAAGAAGAGAGAGAAACUCCCUAGCACAUAGUAUGCUGAUCUUGAAAAUGUGAGAUGACUAUAUCCUGCUUUUCCUCAGUUGCUGCUCCAACUCUUGUUGGCACUAUACAGAUGCACAACUCCUCUUUCUUAAAUACAGCUUCUGUCUUCCUUGCUCCCAGUAGCCUUUUCGACUCCUUCCUAGUUAUCUGACCUGUUGGAGUGUAGUCAGCAUGCACCUGAUUCUUUUGUGGCUCUGAAGAGUAGAGAGGCAGCCAGAACAUGGUAUUUCCUUCAGCUGAAUUAUUGAUGGGCAAGUAUGUGGUAUUUAUGUUACCUCUCUCUAAAGAAAACCCAAGUAAUGGAUUUGUAUUUCCAACUAUCCCCAAGUCCUCUUGCAUUUCUGCAUCAUCAGCAUUUUAUGAUUUUUACUUUAAGCUUCUGUUACUGUAUUUCACUGGAAGGUGUUUUGCUUUGGCAUGGCUUUACUUUUAACUCUCCAGAUGCUGCUUUCUUGGCUGCUUCCAUGUUCAUCAGCUCUUUUAAAAAAGCAAAAACAUGAGAGCCAAUACUCAUGCUUUGUGUUUUAAUAAUAUUGCUCUCAGAUAUUAUGUAUACUAAUUUAGCUAAACUUUUCCCAUAACAAGAACAAAAAACUCACCUUUUUCCCUGGAAAAGUUACCUAUUUUCUUUCUGUAGCCAGUAGGGUUGUAGAAGGCCUUUCUAGUCACAACGUAAUCUAUUUUGGGGAGUGUGUGCUUUGUUUGCUUUCCUUUUAAAUUCGGGUUACAUCUUUAUAGGUUAAUUUUUUUUUGAAAAUCAAAGGAAAAAAUACACUUUCUGUGAGUGGAAAUAGGAGGGAAUUGCCUUUGGCAUUUUUUAGUUCUGUUAGGAACCUACUUUGGCAUGGUGGAAUUUGUCAAUUUAAUUGAUCUAUCUAGUCAUUAUUUCCUUUGAUUUCCCUUUCCCUUUCCCAAAUACUCUUCCCUGAAAAUCACUCCCUUAUAUGUGUUUUCUUCCCUAUUGUAAUAUAAACAUUUUGAGGACAGGGAAAGUCUCAUUUGUUAUAUUUAUAUUUGUACUUAGCAUAGUGCCUAGCACAUUGUAAGUGCUUAAUAUUUUUUCAUUUAUUCAUUCAUUUGAUUUACCUGGUUCCUAACCUUAACAGUAGAGUCAUGUUAUUUAAAUAGAUAGGAAACCCUGUAUAAAACCAUAUAUUCCAUGUAUACCUGAAGAAAUUUUCAAAUAGUAACUUAUGGUCAUAGAGAAAGUGACAAAAUUUUGUCCCCUUCAAUGAGAAUUUUAACAAGUUAUGAUUUAUUCAUCAUCUAUACUGUGGAGGUAAUAAAAAGUGUGAAUAACUCAAAACUAGAGUAUAAUCUGAAGGUCACUUAUGUUUAGUUUUGAUAUGUAGUCAGAGUUCUACACUCAACCACUAUCACACCAGUACACACACACACACACACACACACACACACACACACACACACACACACACACACACAUUGCCUAGCUAAUUCCUCACUCAACUUGACCUCCCUAUAUUGGAAGCCUAUAAUCUAACUGACUAGUACAAAUAUUCCACUCCCAACUGAGGAUUCAUUUUUAUGAUUAUCACAUUUUCUAGUUUUCUUCACACAUCAACAGGAGAUGACUCCAGUUGGAAGAAAUAGAACCUGUGUGAUUUGGCAACAAUGCCUUAUUUCACACAACCCUUUUAAAGAUUGUGAAUUCUUAUUUCUCCCAAGCAAUUUUAAGAGACUUUCUGGUAAAAGAAGAGGAUAAACAAACACUAAAUUACUGGUAGGUUUUUCCAGGGGUGUCUGCAUUUUCGGAAGAUGGGAACUAGAUUGCUGUCUUCUUCAUGUCCUCCUAUGCAGUCCUAUCAGUGGAGAUGGGCCAGUUGCAGUUUCCUGACUUUUAAAGGAAAUCUGUGUGAGUAUGUAUAUUUUAGAGAAUGAAGUCAAGUGACAUGGUGGUUACUAUGAAUACUCUUGUUUUCAUUUCAUCUGUGACUGACAGCAAGGUAAAAAUGUAUAUUACAUUAACAAAUUGAGUGGGGAAGAUUUCAAUCAGCAAUAUGAAUUCACAUAAUGAUGUUUGGAGGAAUGAAAGAUGAUUUUAGCAAAUCAUGACCCAGUAAAAAUGAAUCCCAAUCUGUUUUGUAGCAAAAGAUGCUAGCACUAAACACUGACUCAACAGUAAAACAAGAAUCAGUCUUUUUGAUAAACACAGUUCUCCCCUCCAAGCUGAGAAGAGUGCAAAGCAACACUAUAUCUCACAUUGAUGUAGAAAAAUACAUAGGGAAAAAACCAUUUUUUCUCCUCAAAAUUCUUCCUUAAAGCCAGUAAUGUCUGGGGUGACAGCUAAAGUCAUUUUUCUAAUGUUUCUGCAAAAGCAAUAACAAUAGAAAACUGGCUGGCUUAACAUAGACAAUGUGCUGAAACCAGGAGAAAACAUUAGAUUGUGAGCUCCAUGAGAGCAGGAACUGUUUUUGCCUUUCUUUGUAUCCCCAGA